GCUCGAUCGACCAAAAAACGGUCUUAACAGAGGCGUACAGCGAAGACUGAGCCUGGCUGCGCCUCUCACGAACGCUCUGAGUAAGCAGACAUCGCUGCUGCACACGUCGAGGUCGCCGCGAACGUCUGUGGAGUAUCAGCCCUACCCUGCUCACAGAUAAUUCCACAGCGCCGCCGUCGGGAACAAGCCGUCGACGCGGCAAAGAUGCCGGGACAAGACCGCUACCGCAGCGUCCGCGGCCGCUACCGCCCGUGCUGCGGCGGGCGCUGUUUACUAGCAAGGCCGCGCAGCGGCGACGACGCGUCCGGCGCUUCUGUAACAAUGAUCCUCGUGCCCACCGCUUCAUUCUUCUACCUGCUCCCUCGUAAACAAUCAUCGAUCCUCCCCGCAUGCUUGGCACUACUGUGCUUGACCCUAUCUCUAGCAUCAUUGGUAGCGGCCAUGGUCACCGAGCCCGGCAUCCUGCCGGCGGCGCCGCCCGACGAACCCCGGGAAGAAACGAAGCAAGCGCGGCGCAAGAUCACGCACGUCGUCAUACGGGGCCACCGCAUCAAGCUCCAGGAAAGGCGCGCGAAGUACACGCGGCACACGGAUUCAGUAGUGGAACGCUUCGAUCACCAUUGCCCCUGGGUCGGCAACGCGGUCGGGCUGCGGAACUAUUACUAUUUCGUGGCUUUUGUGUUUUGGACGACUUCAUUGGCAUUGGUUGUGGGUCUGAAGAGCGGUCUUAGACUAUACACGUUGUCAAAAUCAAAACAUUACCUCGAUCGCGUCGAGCCGUGGCACGUUAUUGGAUUGGCGUCGUUGACGGCUUAUUGUGUGGUGAUCUUUCUGCUGGUCGGUGGUUUGUUCGCGUAUCACUUUACGCUUAUCUCGCGGAAUUUAACGACGAACGAAGACCUGCGGGCGACGUAUCCCUCUCGAAGGAGCAACCCUCAUGAUCGUGGGUGUGUACAGAACUGGCGCGCAUGCCUAUUUGGGAAGACGCCGCCGUCCUACGUGCUCCAACUGGACCGGGAGGAGCUGCUCGGGGACGUCGAGCUCGCGCGGAGGGGAGAAGUCGAGGACGAGUUCCGGGACGCGAAGGACGUUGUCUAAUUUUGUCUUAACUGU